AUGGCAGACCUUUCUAAGGAGACCUUGGAGUCCUUCACUGAUGAGGUAAAGAGUUCCGGUUCAUUCAGUUCCUCUGGAGGACUGCAGCCCUGGUCUUCUGCCUCUGGGAGCAAGUCUGAGAGUGGAUCGCAGCCUUCACGCUCGGAAUAUGGAGACCACCAAUCUGAGCUUUCGGACUUCAAAGCUAAUGUGAAGAAAUUGAGCAGAAAAUGGAUCCACAACCUCAAAGGCAAGGAAACGAACUCUGAACAGUAUCGACCGGACACUAAAUAUCAAACAGAAAUCACUCAGGCAUCCCUUGAAGAAUUGAAUGCCCUGCAGUCUUUCUGCACCGUUAAGGUAAACCUGAUCCACCAUAGAGCGAACUCUACGGGGAAAAAGAGCAGCAGGCAUAAAAAGCUGCAGCUUGGACCCGAGGCAGAAGCUCCAGAGGUAGAUACCUUAAAGUGUACUGUCCCUGACGAGCUUUUGAAUAGAAUCUAUUUUAAAAACAUGAGAACACCCAAACAGGUGGGGACAGCUAAGCAACACAUUUCUUCUCGGUGUCCCGACUGUACCAGAAAAAGGGCAGAACUGGCCCAAUCUGCCUUCCUGAAACAGAAGAAGACUUUACUGGAGUCACUUCUACUCCAAGAGAAAAUAGAUGAACAUCUUAAUACGAAAGACUUCCUUACCCUUGUCAGAGAAGCACACCAGAGCCUUCCCAGGCUUUCAGAUGACCCCAGAAGAAUCUGGGACAGACUGAAUGAGAGAAAAGUAAAAUUGGAUACUCUGGUUUUUGAAAGGUCAGAUAUAAAGCAGAAAAUGUAG